AGGACCUAACUUAUAAGUUUGUCAAACACAGAAGAAGAACAGAUCGAAUAUUGGCUUGGCGCCCAUCUGUCUGUGUUUCUUUCUUUCGUGAUUCGUCCAUCAUGUCCUUCCGUCGAAGAACUUUGCUGAAGGUCAUCGUCCUCGGCGACAGCGGGGUUGGCAAGACGUCCUUGAUGAAUCAAUAUGUGCAUAAGAGAUUUAGUCAGCAAUACAAAGCUACAAUUGGAGCUGAUUUUGUGACUAAAGAGUUGCAGAUAGAUGACAAGAUUGUUACACUGCAAAUUUGGGACACUGCUGGACAAGAAAGAUUUCAAAGUCUCGGGAUUGCAUUUUAUAGAGGCGCUGAUUGCUGUGUUUUAGUUUAUGAUGUAAACGUUGCGAGAUCUUUUGACACACUUGACAACUGGCAUGAGGAAUUUCUUAAACAGGCAAACCCAGCGGAUCCAAGUUCUUUUCCUUUCAUUUUGCUUGGCAAUAAGAUUGAUAUUGAUGGCGGAAAUAGCCGAGUGGUUUCUGAGAAGAAAGCAACUGACUGGUGUAGCUCAAAAGGGAAUAUACCUUACUAUGAGACAUCUGCAAAGGAAGAUCACAAUGUCGAUGAUGCGUUUCUGCGUAUUGCCAAAAGCGCAAUGGCGAAUGAGCAUGAUCAGGAUUUAUACUUUCAUGGAGUUCCUGAUGCUGCAACAGAAACCGAGCAACGUGGUGGAUGUUCAUGCUAAGUUUAACACUCGUCUCUUCCUACGCCUAUUCUUUUCCUGUUAAAAGUGCACCGGGCACAACUGCUGCAUGUACGCACCCCGUCUUUCUCUAUUUGCCGAGACUACAAAGUGUAAGCGUUUUUGUACUGCCACGGUUUUCAUAUGCAUACACUAUUUAUUUGUUAUUGAAUCGUGUAAUUCGUAUUUGUCAAAUGGAUAUUAAAGAUGGUAAUGUCUACGUGAUGGUUCCUUGUUUUUCCGUA